AUGACCAAACAAAGAAAUCUCCAUUACAACUUCCCUUGCAGCCUCCAUCUCCCCAUUUCCGGCGUGCCCAUCAACCAUCACAGUCCAAGUCACCACAUUCUUCAACGCAGUAGGAACCCUGUUCAACAAUUUCCCUGGUAGCGUUCCUUCUUCCAGUAGGUUUGGAUUGAUGGUAGAGUACUGGGUAAUGUGUAAUUACUUGUUGGUUUUGGGACAAAGUUAUUGUCAUUUCAAAGUUUCAUCUUUUUCGCGCUGCCAACCUUCGAUUGCCGCAACGAUCAUCAGUAUUAUAUCGUUUUGAAGCUCGUCAAGACCACCCAUACACUUAAACCUAAUAACUUAAAUGCCCCUCUCCCCAGUUUUUCCCUCUAUGAAGCAACUUGAAUUAUGGUCUUUUGAGGAACGGAGCUGAGAAUGCUGAAACUCUUGCGGAACUCUAGAACUAUCAGAGAAUUGAAGCAAACACAUCUUCAGAUUCUCAUGAAUGGCCUCCAUGGUAGUGAUUUUGUACUGCCUAAGCUUAUUGCACUUGCCUCCGAACUUUUUUCGCUUGAUUACGCGGUUAGGAUAUUUCAGUAUUCUGAGUAUCCGAAUGUAGUUUCCUGUAAUACUAUGAUCAAAUGCUUUAUUGGAAAGACCCAUAAGGGCGCAUUGCGUGUUUACGAUCAAAUGAAGGUGUUGACCAUCGCACCGAAUAGUUUUACCUUUACUUUUCUUCUGAGGUGUUUUGAACCGUUUGAAGCUCUAGAAGAUGGUAGAGUGGUUCAUGGUGAUAUUGUGAAGCUAGGAUUCGGUUCAAGUGUUUUUGUUCAGAAUACCCUUUUGGAUUUCUACGCUAAAUGUGGCCGGAAUUUGGAUUGGGCUAGUCGGGUGUUUGGAGAAAUGCCUACAAGAGAUGUUGUUUCAUGGAAUUCAAUGAUUGGUGCGUACUUGGCACAUGGGAAAGUAGAAUCUGCUAUUGGGUUGUUUGAUUCAAUGCCUGAGAGGAACGUUGUGUCAUGGAACUCUAUUGUUUCGGGGCUUUCUAAGGCUGGAAUUAUGGAAUUGGCUCGCUCUGUCUUCGAUAGAAUGCCAGGAAAAAAUGAGGUUUCCUGGAAUUCCAUGAUUUCUGGCUAUAUACGGCUGGGUGAUGUUGAGUCUGCACAGUGUAUUUUUGAUCAGAUGUCAAAGAGAACAGUAGUUUCUUGGACAGUUAUGAUUUCAGGAUAUACUAUGAUUGGAGAUCUUGAAUCUGCGAGGAACAUUUUUCAUCAGAUGCCAGUUAAGAACACAGUCUCUUGGAAUGCUAUGAUUGCUGGUUAUGUUCAUAACCAUGAGUUUGUUCAAGCUCUUUAUGUGUUUCAUCAGAUGUUAAUUGAUGGCAAGUGCAGGCCUGAUCAGACAACUUUGGUCAGCAUACUCUCUGCCUGUUCUCAUUUGGGAUCUCUAGAACAUGGGAAAUGGAUUGAUUCUUAUAUUAAGAUAAACAAGUUCGACAUGACUAUUCCUUUAGGCAAUGCUCUAAUAGACUUCUUUGCAAAAUGUGGAGAUGUGGAAAAUGCAAAAGCAGUUUUUGAUAAGAUGGCUAAAAGAUGUGUAAUUACAUGGACGACAAUGAUUUUGGGUCUAGCUGUUAAUGGUCAUUGUAAAGAAGCUCUAGCACUCUUCGAUAGGAUGCAUGCCGAAGGAGUUCAGCAAGAUGAUGUCAUUUUCAUCGCUGUUCUAUCAGCCUGCACUCAUGGAGGGUUGGUAGAAGAAGGCAAAAGAGUAUUUGGCCAGAUGGUGCGGGAGUUUGAUAUUGUACCUCGAAUUGAGCAUUAUGGUUGCAUGGUUGACCUUCUGGGUCGGGCAGGGAGGUUGGAAGAAGCGGAAGAAUUCAUUGAAGGCAUGCAUUUAAAGCCAAAUGCUGUCAUUUGGGCCACUCUACUAGGUUCUUGUAAGAUUCAUGGAAAAGGGGAUAUAUUAAAAUCUGUGACGAGAAAGAUUAUGGAGCUGGAACCUUCAAAUCCUAGCUAUUUGGCGCUUAUUUCCAAUAUGAGCGCCUCAAUUGGACAGUGGAAAGAUACUUUGGUAUCUCGGGUCGCAAUGAGACGGCAAGGCUUGGAGAAAGUUCCUGGUUGUAGCUCAAUUCAAGUAGGGGAUAAGGUCCAUGAGUUUCUAGCCAAAGAUACGAGUCAUGAGCAAAGAAAGGACAUUUAUGGGGUUUUAUAUUGUUUAAAUGGACACUUGAAAGCAGUGUCUGAUGAAUUAUGAUUCGUGGGAAAAUCCCAUGGUUCAUGGCACUAAAAAGGAUGGCUUAGGAAGAAUGAACAAUGAGAAAGUCGAGUAUCUUGGAACAGUUUUUACUUUCGUAUCGGAGAAAAAUUUACUUUAAAAUCUGGAUCGUGAUCGCUUCCAAGAAAACCUCAUCUUUCAUGAACCAGAAAAUGAGAAAGCAUGACUCGUAAAAUCAAUGCUGAAACAUCUACUGCUGAAAAGGUGGCAAUUUGGCAAGGGGAAGAACUAUUGCCAGGGGAAUUAUGGCUGUUGAGACCAUCUUUCGUGAAAUGAAACGGUAAAGUUGUGGCUGCUUGGUGGCCAUUCUCAUCAGCAGAGUCAGAGAUGCGGGACAAGAAGAAGAAUUGGAACCUCACAAAAGCAUUUGAGCUAUAAGGUUCUGAUAAUGUAGAAUCUUUGUUUUGUCAUGUUCAAUAGAAUUAGAAGGAUGGUAAUAUUGAGACUCACAAAGCUGGGAAUUUAUGGAUGGCAAUCAAACUUAUAAUGGUCUAGAUGACUUAAUUUCACCGGCUCUUAUGAUUAGAACUCGAAACCUUUUAAC